AUGCAUUGGCUCCUCCCGGCCAUCCUCUCCCUGCUGGGCCCCAUCUGCCCUCAGGCCUCGGGGGCGCCGCCCUACGACUCCGUCCUCACCGUGCCCAACGGAGGGCCCUGGGGCUCCUGGGGACAAAUGCAAUUUUGCCCCAGCGGCUACGCAAAGGGAUUUGAGUUGAAGGUCCAGCCCUACCAGGGAUUUUGGCUGUUUGGCGAUGACACGGCUCUGAACGGCGUCCGCCUGCUCUGCACGGAUGGCACGGUCAUCGAGUCCUCCGUAGGGUGCUGGGGAAACUGGACCGAGGCCCAGGUGUGCCCCAGCAACAAGCUGGUUUCCUUCUCGCUGCGCGUGGAAAGGUGGCAGUACCUGAGUGACAACACAGCCGUCAACAAUGUCAGGUUCACCUGCUCCAACGGGACGCAGCUCGAGGGCUGGGGACUCGCAGGGGGACACUACGGCCCAUGGAGCGGCAACUGCACCUCUGGGGCCAUCUGUGGGCUCCAAACAAAGGUUCAGCAACCCCAGAGAAAGUGGGAUAACACAGCUCUCAAUGACAUGAGAGUGUUCUGYUGUCAGUAA